AUGAAAACAUAUUCGUUUGGACCACAUCUCAUUCGAUCAAGUCAAGUAUUUUUUCUUUCCAAGAAAUGUUUUGGAUUUGUCAAUUUAAAACCAGUUGCAAAAUACCGUGAUUUGAAUCCCGAUGAAGUGACCGAUUUAUUUUUGAAUGCACAAAAAAUUGGUCAAGUUGUCGAAAGAGAAUAUCAAGGGACUUCAUUAACUUUAACAAUUCAGGCAAGUAAAAAAAUCAUAAUUUAUAUCUUGUAUUUAUAUGUAUUUAUUAAAUUACCAAAAUCGAUAAUACAGGAUGGACCCGAAGCUGGACAAACAGUACCUCAUUGUCAUUUACAUAUAAUCCCAAGAAAAGUAGGAGAUUGGGCGAACAAUGAUGACAUUUAUGAAGACAUUGAUAAAUCUACUAGAGUUGAUAAUGAAGAGAGACCUCCGAGAAGUUUUGAAGAAAUGGAAAAGGAAGCUAAUUUCUUGAGAUCGUUUUUUCAAUCUGAUGAUAUUAAUUAUAACUAA